AUGAACCAAAUUUCAUCAUGCCCUUUACAUCACUUUACUCAGUUGCUUAAAACAUGCAUUUCCCAGAGAGAUCUCCUAACCGGAAAAUCCCUCCACACCCUCUAUAUUAAAACCGUCAUCCCUACUUCCAUCUUCCUUUCCAAUCACUUCAUCCUCCUCUACUCCAAAUGCCGCCGCCUCUCCGCGGCCCGCAACGCCUUUGAUGUUAUCCCACAUCCAAAUGUCUUCUCCUUCAACACAAUCGUCUCCGCUUACGCGAAAGAAUCCCAACCCCUCAUUGCCCACCAGCUGUUCGACCAAAUUCCUCAACCAGAUAUUGUGUCUUACAACACCCUCAUUUCAGCUUACGCAGAUCGAGGAGACACCCAGCCAGCUCUUCACUUGUUUAUGGAUAUGCGUGAGUUGGGUUUUGACAUGGAUGGCUUUACAUUUUCCGCUGCCAUCACUGCUGCUUGUAAAAACAUUUCUUUGACACGUCAGCUUCAUAAAUUGGCAAUUUCAGGUGGCUUUAAUGCUUAUACUUCGGUCAGUAACAGCCUCAUCACGUAUUAUAGCAAAAAUGGGUAUCUGGAAGAGGCCAAAUCCAUUUUUUAUGAUAUGGGUAGCAACAAAGACGAGGUGACAUGGAAUUCAAUGAUCGUGGCACAUAGCCAGCAUCGAGAAGGAUUAAAAGCACUUGCAUUGUAUCGGGAAAUGGUUCAUUUGGAGUUACCAAUUGAUUUGUUUAGUUUCGGUAGUGUCUUAUCUGCAUUUACCUGCCUGGAAGAUUUACAUGGUGGGCUUCAGUUCCAUUGUCAAUUAAUCAAGAAAGGUUUCCACCAAAAUACCCAUGUAGGAAGCGGAUUGAUUGAUCUCUAUUCAAAAUGUCACGGUGGCAUGUCAGAUUGUAACAAAGUAUUUCAAGAAAUUAUGGAACCGGAUAUAGUCCUAUGGAACACCAUGGUUUCUGGGUAUUCUCAGAACGACAAUCUUUCAGAAGAAGCUCUCUCUUGUUUUAUACAGAUGCAAAGAGAAGGUUACCACCCAGAUGAUUGCACCUUUGUUUGUGUAAUCAGGGCAAGCUCUAAUCUCUCCUCACCAUCUCAAGGCAAACAGCUUCAUUCUCUUGCUCUUAAAUCUGACAUCCCAUCAAACAAAAUCUCUGUAAACAAUGCACUGAUCUCCAUGUACUCCAAAUGUGGAAACUUGCAAGAUGCACGCCGACUGUUUGACAAAAUGCCAGAGCAUAAUACCGUCACAUUCAACUCACUAAUCACAGGCUACUCAAAUCAUGGGUUUCAAAUACAGGCAUUGGAUCUUUUCCAACACAUGCUUAACACAAACAUAUCCCCCACAAGUAUAACCUUCGUAUCUAUCUUAUCAGCAUGUGCACACACAGGAAAAGUUGAAGAAGGCAGAAAGUAUUUUACUUUAAUGACUGAAAAGUUUAAUAUCGAACCAGAAGAAGAACACUUUUCAUGUAUGAUAGAUCUUUUGGGUCGAGCAGGUAAACUUGAUGAAGCUGAAAGACUGAUUGAGUCAAUGCCGGUCAAACCUAGUACAGUCUCAUGGGGUGCUUUACUUGGAGCAUGUAGAAUUCAUGGAAAUCUUGAAUUAGCAGUAAAGGCAGCUAAACAAUGUCUUGUUCUAGAUGCUUCUAAUGCAACCCCUUAUGUGGUUCUAUCACACAUGUAUGCUAGGGCUAACAAAUGGGAAGAAGUGGGAAGAGUCAGGCAGUUAAUGAGAGACAAUGGGGUGAAAAAGAGUCCGGGGUGUAGCUGGAUUGAGGUAAACAAGAAAGUACAUGUUUUUGUUUCAGAAGAUAGUUGUCACCCCAUGUUGAAGGAGAUUAAUGAGUUUUGGGAAGAGUUGUUGAAGAAGAUGAAGGAAGUUGGAUAUAGAGAUUAUGGAAUUGUUGAAGAAGAUGAAUGUGGGAAGUUGUGUUUGGAUUAUUGA